UUCACUGGCUGGUUUGAAUUGAAACCACAAAGCCGUCGAGCUGGAAAAUCUGCUCGCAACACACCCGCCCGUAGAAACACCGAAGUAGGACGCCAGAGUUUUAGUUACGUGUGUAGUUUACUCCAAAAGCCGAUAAAAUGAGCAAAAUCUCUAAAUUAUUUAAGGGAAGCUCCAGCUCGAGUUCAUCCAGCUCUUCAAAGUCCAAACACCACCGGUCGCGAGGGGGCCCUUCGCCCCAGGAGGCUAUCCACAGGCUGCGGGAAACAGAAGAAAUGUUGACGAAGAAACAAGAGUACCUGGAGAAGAGGAUAGAGCAAGAAAUCAUGAUAGCCAAGAAGCAUGGCACAAAAAACAAGAGGGCUGCUCUGCAGGCUUUGAAGAGGAAGAAGCGCUUGGAGCAGCAGCUCACACAGAUUGAUGGCACACUCUCCACCAUCGAGUUUCAGAGAGAAGCUUUAGAGAACUCACACACCAACACAGAGGUCCUGAAGAACAUGGGCUUUGCUGCUAAGGCCAUGAAGCAAGUUCAUGAGAACAUGGACCUUGACAAGAUAGAUGAUCUGAUGCAGGAUAUCACAGAGCAGCAGGAUGUGGCUCAAGAGAUAAGCGAAGCCAUUUCCAGACCUUUUGGCGAGACAUAUGAUGAGGAUGAGCUGCUGGCAGAGCUGGAAGAGCUGGAACAGGAGGACCUUGAGGACAGCAUGAAGAGUAUGGGUGGACUACCCAGUGUGCCUAACUCUAAACUGCCUUCAGCAAGGCCCAGUCAUCGCGCAACAACCAAGAAAAGGGUUGAAGAUGAUGACGACAUGCGUAUGCUGGCAUCGUGGGCAACUUAAGUACAUUAAGGCAGCAUCAUUCUCACUGAAAGAGAUACAGAGAUACGAUACAAAGCUUUUUUUUCAUUAAAGAUUUUUUUACUAUUUUUGGGAAAAUGAAGCUCAUUAUAUUUUAAAAACAAUCUUUUUGUUUAUAACCUUAAAAUGCUACUUUACAGGUUAUAGUUAAUCAAUACAUUAAAAAUUUUAAGUGAAGGAAUCAACAAACUCGGAAUUUCUUUUCUUUACUGCUUCCUUUUUCUUUGUCAUUUGUACCUAGCCUCAGAAUCUACUACUUAUUUAAACCUAAUGAAGACAUGAAGAUGACUGUGAUAUUUUUAACACAUUGAGCAAAAUGCUUUAUUGUAUGUGAGACUGCUGUAAAUAAGCUUAUACACUGCAUUAACAUUGUAAAUAUAUUGCUUUUCAGUGUUCAACAAUAAAAUCCCUCUCCUGAUGGUA